CAGGACGGCAGGCAGCAGUAGUUUGACGCCACCGUGCGAGCACGACGGACGAAACGAUGUCUCUGCGUGCCAUCAAGUACGAGAACAAGACGCUCGAAAUCUUGGACCAGCUUUUGUUGCCGGCUCAGUCCAAGUAUGUGAAGGUGCGCGGAGUUGAGGAUGGUUGGCGGGCUAUCAACCGCAUGCAAGUUCGUGGAGCACCAGCCAUCGCCAUCGUGGGAUGUCUCAGUCUGGCCGUAGAAAUCCAAGACCGGACCUACGCCUCCAAGGAGGAGCUGCGCUGCGAUGUCGAGGGCAAGCUUAACUACCUGGUGUCAUCGCGACCAACGGCCGUCAACAUGAAAAUUGCGGCUGAGGAGCUCAUAGCUCUCGCAAAUAAAUUAGCCGCAGAUGGGAAGGGUGACGUGAAUGAUAUGAAAGCAACCUUUAUCAGUGCCAUCGAGGGAAUGUUGGUUAAAGAUAUAGCUGAUAAUAAGGCCAUCGGGGAGCACGGCGCCGCAGAGAUACUCAAAGGGCUGUCGGGGGACACUCAAGUCAGGGUACUGACUCACUGCAAUACUGGAUCACUGGCAACAGCGGGCUAUGGAACGGCUCUGGGAGUGAUUCGAAGCUUGCACGCCCUGGGGCGUCUGGAGCACGUCUACUGCACCGAAACACGGCCGUACAACCAGGGCGCCCGCCUCACCGCUUACGAACUGGUUCACGACAAACUGCCCGCCACCCUCAUCGUGGACAGCAUGGUGGCAGCACUCAUGCGCCAGCGACGCAUCUCCGCAGUAGUGGUUGGAGCCGACAGAGUCGCCGCCAACGGCGACACGGCCAACAAGAUUGGCACGUACCAAAUCGCCGUCCUGGCCCGCUAUCACGGAGUACCGUUUUACGUGGCGGCACCUCACACCUCAAUCGACAUGAGCAUAUCAGGUGGUGAUCGUAUCGUGAUCGAGGAACGGCCCGACCGGGAAAUGACCCACAUCGGGGAGCAUCGAAUUGCGGCGCCCGGCAUUGCCUGUUGGAAUCCUGCUUUCGACGUCACACCGGCCGAACUUAUCGCCGCCAUCGUCACCGAAAAGGGUGUUUACAAGCCAGACCGUCUCUCGGAUGCCAACACGAUUUAAUGCAGUUAAAAACAUUUAAUAUUCUAAGUUGAGACCGACGACUGAAAGUACUUGGCAAGUACAAGUUCAAUUAUGUAUGGUACUGGAAAUGUCAGCACCAAAAGACUCGUUUUUUAAGGAAAAUGUAGCCUAUUUAUAUUGAAGUCAAUUAAAAUUUAUGAAUUGAA